AGCAGGAUCACAGAUAACUUCCAGGCAGACAUUAGUUCACAUCCUCAUUGCUGUUACGACACCUGGUGAAAGAGGGUGCUGCUGGCAGGGAGAGCAAACAUCUCAUCUAAACUGCUUGGGUUUUUCCUUAGUCUCUCAAUUAAUUUAGAAUGCCCACCGCAAUUUAAGUAUGUAAAAAGUUAGAGUGGGGUCCUGCAUGUUAUAAGAGUAGUCCAGCAUGAGAUUUAAGAGAACUCUGAACUCUUGGAAUAGGUUACAUACCCUGGAAAUGUGACUCUCGUCUGUGGACUCCGAAAUACACCAAAUCAUACCUCUUAAUCAUCUUCUCAGUUUCUAUAGGACACUGUGACAUCACAAUCCAUUCAUCUUAUUUUGCAUGUUAUAAUUUGCUUGGUGCUGCUUUACAAGGGCUCCUGAAUACCCCAGUCAAGUGUGGUUUAGCAAACGAAGUUUUCCUUCCUUUUAUAGUAUUCUGUGUUUCUGCAUGGAUGAUCCUCACUAACAACAGGAAGAAAAUUGACUUGUGAUGUCAAACACUUUUUGACAACAUAAAGCUUCUUUUAAGUGAACAAAACAAUCAUUUCCAUGUCAGAUCUUGGACGAGCACAAUUUACUACACCAGAAUUUUUUAAGAGCUAUGUAAGGGGUUCUCUCUCUGUAGAGCUGAAUUCCAUGAUGUUGAGAGGAGUCACUCACAGCGCAAAAGAUACAUUUACUCUUCUGUUGGCAAGAUCUCAGUACUGUUACCCAGGACUGAAUUUUUCAUCAGUGUGGAAUGAAAUAGCAAACAGAAGCUUCCUAACACAUCAUUCCACUUACACAACUGAUACAAAAUCAAGAGGGGAAAAUAAAAAAACCAUUGAGAGUCUCUACAGAUUGUCAGUUGACAUUAAGAAAAUACGUAGACUAAAGGAGUGGGUCCUUCUCCAGGAUGUGGCCUAUGUUAAAGAAAUUGCUGGUAUCUUACAAGAAAUGGGAGCAGAUGAGACUGCUGUAGCCAACAUUUUAGAACGCUGCCCAGAGGCAAUUCUCCGUACCCCUGCAGAGGUAAACUCUCAGAGAGCUCUAUGGCAAUUAGUAUGCCAGAAUGAAAGCCAGUUGAUUAAAUUAAUAGAGCAAUUUCCAGAGUCUUUUUUUACUGCUGAAUAUCAUGAGAACCAGAAGGCAAAUAUACUGUUUUUUCAAGAGCUGGGACUUAAGAAUAAUAUAAUCACCAGGUUCCUGACAAGCGCACCCAAUAUUUUCUAUAAUCCUGUUGAGAAGAACAAAAACCUGAUAGAGGCAUUACAAAGAAAUUACUUAAGUUUAGGAGGUUCUCAUGCAAAUAUGAAGAUCUGGAUACUGAAGCUAUUGAGCCAAAAUCCAUUUAUUUUCUUAAAUACUUCCACUGCAAUCCAGGAGAACUUGGAAUUUCUCCAGAAGAAUGAUUUCACUAACCAUGAAGUUCUACAGCUGCUGUCCAAACUUAAAGGCUUCGUUUUUCAACUUACUUCUACUACUAUGCAGAAGAGUAUGCUUUUUUCCAAAAAUGUCUUUAAGUGCAGUGAUCAAGAAUUAAAACAGCUAGUGCUGAAAUGCCCAGCCCUCCUCUACUACUCUGUUCCAGUUUUGGAAGAAAGAAUUGAAGGACUACUGAAGGAAGGAAUUUCUGUAGCCCAGAUUAGAGAGACACCAACGGUGCUGGAGUUGACAACACAAAUUGUUCAGUACCGAAUUAAAAAACUCUCUGCUUUGGGGUACGAUAUAAAGAGUGGAACUCUAGAAAGCUUGAAUGGUACUAAGAAAGAUUUUGAAGUCAAUUAUGGUAAGAUACAAUCAAAGAAGGAGAGACCCAUUUUUAAUCCUGUUGCUCCUGUACACGUUGAAGAUUAAUUUGAAUGCUGUACUUUAAAUUAUGCAAAAGAAAAUUAUCAAAGAGAAAAGAGAUGUUGGCUCUUUGAGAAGAGCCGGAACAAAACUGAUCUUAACCAGAUUAUAGUCUUAUGCUGUACUUUAUCCUGGAGUGGGUCUUAGGCACAACUUUAUUAUACAAUCAUCGCUUUCUAAUGCUUUCAAAUUGUAUCAUAGAACCUGAUUAUGAUAAAUGUUGCCUUUUUUUCCCAGGGA